AGGUUUUAGAAAACAAUCCUGAAGAGAGAGGCUGCCCAUGGCCGUGAUAUCAUCAGUUGGCAGAGGGCCUCGCUGGAAAAAAAGCAGGAGGCUGAGUGUGUUUUACUCCUUGCUGUUGAAAACAAUAGGACAGGAUGAGGCACUAAUCAUAAUUAAUUGCAGGGCUGGCCAGCAGGUCUGCCUCUGCACAGCAUCCUGCAGCUGUACAGUGAGCUCAGCAGAGCUCUCACAUUGCAACCAGCUGCCACGCUGCUCUGUGCACCUGACCACAUGCAAAUGGUGGUGAUUUGUGUGCAGGGCAUUGCCUCCAGCUGUGGGGUGGGAUGGGUCAUGGGGAUACCCACAGUAAUCAGUUGGGAACAGUUUAAUUGCACUGGAACGAUUUUAAUUCCUUUGGAACAGUCGCUUUCAGGUUUCUGCUGGAAAGCUUCUCAUCUCAAGUUAAACCCCUCUAUAGACAAGUUAUAUGAAUCCAAAAGUCUUCAACCUGUUCUCCUGCAUUGCUGUCCCACCAUACAGGUGCUUCACUUCUUAAACCACUUAAGAAUAGAAAAAACAUUGAGUCAAGCCAAAGGUGCACCUACCCAGAAUCCUGUGGCAGUGCCUAACAGAAGAUGCUAAGAAAGAGACUAGUGUAGAUGAAAAGAUUUAGAGUUACCUCACAUCUGGAGUGUUUUCCUUCAUAUCUCAACCAUUUAGGGGAAAAUGAAGUGGAUGGGGAGCUUCACCAGAAGGAUGACUCUGGAUUCCUCUUGAGGAAUUCAUUCAACAUCCUUAUUCUCAGUGUUCGGAGUUGGAAGUCAGCCCUGAAAUGUGGUGGUUUCAGCAAGGCCUCUCUUUCUUGCCCGUGGCUUUGGUUGUUUGGUCAGCAGCAACAUUUGUGUUUUCAUACAUCACUGCAAUCGUCCUCCACCAUGUUGACCCUCUGGUGCCCUACAUCAGUGAUACAGGGACAAUACCUCCUGAGAGAUGCUUAUUUGGGAUCAUGUUAAAUGUUUCAUCUUUCCUGGACAAAUCCAGGAUCAUCAAGCUUAAUAAGAUUGGCCUUAUGCUGGGACUGAUGAGCUGCUUUGGACUUUGCAUCAUUGCAAAUUUCCAGAAAUGUGUUCUGUAUUACAUCCACGUGGUCGGAGCCUGCCUGACAUUUGGAGUGGGAGCCAUUUAUAUGCUGGUUCAGACCAUCCUCUCCUACUUGAUGCAGCCAGAAGUUCACAGCAAAGACAUCUUUUUGAUUAGACUGACCGUGCUGCUCUGGUGCUGCUCAAGCAUUGCAAGCAUGUUUGUUUCCUCAGUUGUCUUAUACAGUGGCCUGUAUGGAACAGAUCUUGUGCAAAAGUUGCACUGGGACCCCCAGGAAAAAGGCUACACGGCUCACAUUGUCAGUACUGCCUCCGAGUGGUCAUUAGCAUUCUCCUUCCUCAGCUUUUUCCUCACCUAUAUUCGUGAUUUUCAGAAAAUUUCCCUGCGUGCAGUUGCCAGCUUGCAUGGACAAACCCUUUAUAACACACCACAGAGCUUUGCGACUGAUGAGCAGAGGCUGCUGACAGCAGGGAGCAUCUAAUGAAGGCAAAGAGAACGAGUUCUCUGCACAACUCAGGAAUGUAAUAGCAAUAACAGUUCAUACUUCUAAGCGUUUAUUUCAUAUAUAAAAGAAAAAUGAAGUGAUUGUAUUCUACUUGACACAAAGGGCUUUGCUUUUAACCCACGAAGCAAUGCAACGUUAUCAGUAUUGAACACAAGCCUGUAACAUUUCUACACAUGCUAAUGUCAUGAAAGAAUUAAAUGAAGGUUAUUAAAAGA